GCAAUCUCUUUACAAAGUCCCACCUGCAAUUGCUCGCCAAACAGACACUGCAGCGUCACUUCUCCGCAAAAGACGGCACUCCGCAUCGCGCAUGGCCAUCUCCGAUCCAAGGACUAUGUCGUCGCCGUUAAAGAAACAGCAUGAGAUAGAGGUCGUGGCCGAUAGGGUGCUCAAGAGGGUUGAAAUCAGUCGGAUGGUCAGAAGACUCCAGAACCGCCUUGCCCUAGCUCAGUUCAAGACAAAACAUGGCCUCGAAGACCUUACCCUCGACAGCAUCGAGCCCAGGUUCGAAAAAGAGCUGCGCCGAAGCAGGCUCCCCGACGGCGAUAUCCUGUCCGAUUCUUCCUCCAGCGCUUCCGAUCUUCCAUACCCCACACGAGGCCUGAUGAGCUCACCACUCAAGGCUCCCGUCUUCUCUGAUGCCAUCGGAUCCAGCAACGGCAGCUCAGGUCAUCGCAAGCGCUCGUAUCUGGCAUCCUUCGAGUACGACCAAAACAUGUCGAGUCCGAGCAAGAGGUUCCGCCAGUCACCCACCGCUCACCGUUCCUUCACGUAUGGCAGCCACCCCUCCUGGAAAGACCAUCACGACUUGGCCCAGUCAUCGCCCAUGAAACCUCAGCGGCAACGGCAUUUUACUACCUCGACAGGCCCCAACGUGGCCUUGUUUGAUACCUCGAGACAAAUGAGCAAUGUUCUGGCCUCGCCCGGCUACGGUGCCAAUCCCUCGGACGAUGAAGACGAUCCCCCCGUACAUUCGUUUGCGCGCUCCCACGUGCGGGUAUCGCCGCCAAGGACGCCGCCCAUGCGCACUCGUAACGUCCUCGGCGGAAGAAAGAAGGAAAAUAAACCACCCUUGCCCACCAUUCGAAAACCUCUGGGGACGAAUACAUCGAUGGGAGGUCAGCAAACCCAAGAAAAGACAAAUGAGGAGGGUGCGGAUUUGCUUCUCUAUCUGGCAGCCUCGCCGUCUCCGGCCCGUCCGACCAAGAGACGAUUCGACAGUAACAAUCAUGUUACCCACAACCACCACCUCCUGAUGGAGCCUCCAUCGACUCCACCGCCCAAGCACUUGGGCCUUCUGAGCAGCAACAGGUUGGCGUUGCCCUCGUCCAUGAUGACCACACCUGGGGGCGGAAAUCCGUUCCCCAACACUCCUGGCCUUGGCUUCGACUUUUCUGACUUCGUUCACAUGACGCCUAGUCCGGCGCAGAAGCCUUGGAAGACGCCAAUUGCUAAGACGCCGCUUAGCGUUUCACGAAGGCGUCUCACGUUUGAUGAAUAGUCUUGAUGUUUACGAAUCUCUUUUUAUCCGGUCUUCUCUUGGUUUCCUUUCUGCCAUGGUCCGAUUCCCCACUUUUGUUUCACGAAAAAAAUACCAUUACAUCACAUGUUGGGUCAUCUACGCUCUUGAUAGCAUAGUCCUCCUUGGUUGGUUCGAUGCGAUACCUCUUGGGAAUGCCCGGCGAAUGCUUCUCUUUCUCGAUUAUUUGUUUCUUUUCU